GAGAAAUCUCUCUAGGGAGAGAGAGAGAGAGAGAGAGAGAGAGAGAGAGAGAGAAAUAAAUUUUGAAGCAAAUAUUUUUUUUCAUAUAUUUGUAUACAUUCAUCGACUAGUUAAUUAGUUCAAGAUUACAUAUAUAUAAUCAAUUCAACUCCACUAAGCCAUCAUGGGUCGAUCUCAAGAAAAGGGUCAAGGUCAGGGUCCGAUAUACAACAUCCGGUUAUCGACGGUAGGUGCUACCCGACCAUCGGAGACCGGUACUACCCACGAACCAACCGGUUUAGACCUAGCCAUGAAGCUCCACUACCUCAAGGCGGCGUACAUUUACUCGUCCGAUACGGCACGUGACUUGACCGUGACACACGUGAAGGCGGCUAUGUUCAUGCUGUUCGACCAGAUCGCAUGGACCACAGGAAGGCUCUGGCGGAAAGACUCGGGCCGUCCGUACAUCAAGUGCAACGACUGUGGCACGCGUUUCGUGGAAGGUGAUUGCAAUCUCACGGUGCAAGAGUGGCUUAGUAUACCGGAUCGGUCAGUUGAUGAGUAUCUUGUUUACCAUCAACCCAUUGGACCGGAGUUGCCAUUCUCUCCUAUGAUAUUUGUUCAGAUGACUCGGUUUAAGUGCGGAGGAUUAGCUCUGGGCCUUAGCUGGGCCAAUAUCAUGGGAGAUUCAUUCUCUUUACUCGAUGCCUUCAACUUAUGGGCUAAGGCCAUUUCAGGGGAAAAGAUUUAUAUCCGAGAAACCUCGGAGAAAGAUAGAAGGUUUCAAAAACCAAACCCGACGGUUAAGGACCUGGACUCCAUCAAACGGGUCGACCCGGUGGGAGAUCUCUGGAUCACUCCUAACAACAAGAAAAUGGCGAAUUACUGUUUCAAUCUCACCGUCGCCGACCAGAUAUCACCAUAUUUUCCGGCAAACGGAGAUGAUCAAAUUCCGGUUUUCGGGAUUCUCGCAGGGAUCAUAUGGAAAUGCAUAGCUAAGGUUAGGGAAGAGCCAAAUCCUGUAACUGUUACGAUCAUCAGAAAGGAUCCGAACGAGCUGAAACCUAAAGGGAUCCGAAAUAGUCAGAUGAUAAGCUCCGUCCACGUGGAUUUUCCGGUGGCUGAAGCGAAUGUGGAGGAAUUAGUGAAAUGUAUGGCGAAAUCGACGGACGAGAGAUGUGGAAUCGAUGAGAUUGGGGAGAGUUGUGAUGGGAUUUUGGAUUUCGUUGUUUACGGGGCGAAAUUGACGUUUGUGGAUCUGAGUGAAGUGGAUUUGUAUGAGGCGAAAGUGAAAGGGAAGUCGCCGGAAUCUGUGUACUGUAAUGUUGAGGGGAUAGGGGAGGAGGGAUUGGUGGUUGUUUUCGCGGCGGAGAAUUCGGAGGAGAGAGUUGUCACGGUGACGUUGCCGGAGGAAGAGAUGGAGAGGGUAAAAUCGGAAUUUAAGAAGUGUGGUUUGAUCGCGGCGUAAAAUUCAACGGCUAAUAAGUAAAAGCGUCGAGAGAUGAUGAAUGUUGGGCUUUUGUUUAGUUUUAUCGUGGUUUGUUCUUUCCCAGAUGAUGUGCGGUUGAAUUAUCAGUUAAAGCUUCGACUAAUCUGAUGCUAAAUAAAAAAGAAAAAGCAAAAGUAUAAUUUAAGCGAAGAUUGUAACGUUACAAAAUUAAAUAAUUAAAUUUUCAUUGCUGAAAUUGAUUGCAUACCUUUUU